AUGGAUCUGGCUCGCGAUGUCAUCAAUCAGGAAGGCGACACGUUUGAGUUUUAUGCCGCCUACCUCGUCGCCGCUGUGGUCACUCAGAUAUUCUCACAAUGCCAUCUCCUUGACCCACGUCAGCAUCGGGUCGCCCAGGUUUCUGGGGAGCUAUACUUGGAAUAUUGCAAUCGCACCAGUGUCCAAUUACCUGCCGGGGCUGAGUCCGUCACCGCUGGUUCUCAGGCCGGCUUGUAUCGACCUUCCUCCCUGAGCGUGGCGACUAAGAUCACGAUGGCAAGCCAUUCUAACGCGAUUAUUAUAGCCGAUGACGAGGAAUUGCUAAGCCUCGAGCCAGGCAGCUCACGACCUUAG